GGGGCGAUUGGUGAGCAACAGAUCCGGACACCGCACUCCACAUAAGGAUCGUUAUCGCCGGUUGAGACGAUGAAAGUGUUCCGCAGGAAGGCGAUCAUCCUGUGCCUGGGCUAUGUGCUCCUGCUGGUGCUCACUAUGCUCAACCUGAUGGACAAAUGGCACAAGGAGCCCCAACAAUGCAACGAGCAGGUACGGUACACCCCUUAUCAGAGCCGCUCCGACAUCCGCUACUUGUACCGGCCUUCACCUCCCAGGAAGAGGCAGCUGGUCUACGUCUUCACCACCUGGAGGUCCGGCUCGUCCUUCUUCGGGGAGCUCUUCAACCAGAACCCCGAUGCCUUCUUCCUCUACGAGCCCGUGUGGCAUGUGUGGCAGAAGCUGUACCCCGGGGAUGCCAUGUCCCUGCAGGGGGCUGCCCGCGACCUCCUGAGCGCCCUCUACCGGUGCGACCUGUCUGCCCUGCAGCUCUACAACACGGCCGGGGCCAAGAACAUCAGCACGCUGGGCAUCUUUGGAGCUGCCACCAACAAGGUCAUCUGCUCUACCCCCAUCUGCUCGGCCUAUAGGAAGGACGUGGUGGGGCUGGUGGACGAAAAGGUGUGCAAGAAAUGCCCCCCGCAGAGCCUGAGCAUGCUGGAGGAAGAGUGCCACAAGUACAACACCAUAGUCAUUAAAGGGGUGAGGAUCUUCGACAUCAACGUGCUGGCUCCGUUAAUGAUGGAUCCCUCCCUGGACCUGAAGGUCAUCCAUCUGGUCAGGGACCCCCGGGCGGUGGCUAACUCCAGGAUUAAGUCGAGACACGGCUUGAUCAGAGAGAGCCUACAGGUGGUCCGGAGCAGGGACCCCAGGAUCCGCAGAGUUCCCUUCAUUGACCCAGGACACAAACUGAACAAGAAAGAUGGCUCGGACUAUCAUGCCAUAGGAGCCAUGGAAGUCAUAUGUAGCAGCAUGGGCAAGACGCUGAGGACUGCGUUCAACCCGCCGAGCUGGCUCAAGGGUAACUACAUGGUGGUGCGAUACGAGGAUCUAGUGGUGGAUCCCAUUAAGACCCUGAGGCAUGUCUAUGGCUUUGUGAACCUUUCGGUGAGCCCAGAGAUAGAAAAGUUCUCCCUUAACAUGACUAGUGGCUCGGGCUACUCCUCCAAACCGUUUGUGGUGUCUGCCCGCAACGCCACCCAGGCGGUCAGUGCUUGGCGGACAGUGCUUUCCUUCUUGCAGAUAAAACAGGUGGAGGAAUAUUGCCAGGCUCCUAUGGACUUUUUGGGUUACCAGACAGUCUCGAGCCAAACAGAAGUGAAAGAUCUUAGUAAAUCGCUUCUAAAAAAACCCAUGUUGUGAACUUCUCUGGCUGGUUGACCCAUUGCCUGCAACACUAAACUUCCCAACUACUGUACCAAAUGUCUGCAGUUGUCUUUUCCUUUCAGUAAAGUCACGCCAUUUCUCUACAGCUCAUCAGUUCUGGCUCCUUUUCCGUAGAAUAUACCCAAAAUGACAGAAUGGGUUUAAGCUUUUGGUGUUCUGCUGAUGUUCUUUAUACCUUGUCCUCUGGGUCCAUUGAUGGGUCAUGCUCAGGGUUAAUUAUACUGCAGAUGUGAUGGGUC